UUUGCAGACUAAAAGAUCUCUUAAUUAGAUUUGAAGGAAAUGUUGGGGUAAUGGCGGAGGUCAAAAAGAAAAAGCAUUUCAUUCUAAUACACGGAGCAUGUCAUGGAGCAUGGUGCUGGUACAAACUCAAACCAAGGCUCGAGUCAGCCGGCCACCGUGUGACGGCGGUCGACAUGGCGGCCUCAGGCAUCAACACCAACCAAAUCCAGGCCGUUCACUCCAUGUACGAGUACACUAAACCAUUGUUGGAGAUAUUAGCCUCGUUGCCUGACGAUGAAAAGGCUAUUCUCGUUGGACAUAGCUUGGGAGGCCUGAAUUUGGCCCUGGCAAUGGACAAGUAUCCGCAGAAGAUCUCAGCUGCUGUUUUCUUGACCGCUUUCAUGCCUGAUACUGCACAUAAACCUUCAUUUGUUUUAGAACAGUAUUGGGGAAGGACACCACCGGAAGCUUGGUUGGACACUCAAUUUGCUCCAUAUGGAGAACCAGAAGAGUCUUUGAUGUCGAUGUUUUUUGGGCCCAAGUUCUUAACAUUCAAACUUUAUCAGCUAUCCCCAGUUGAGGAUCUGGAGCUGGCAAAGGCUCUGAUCAGGCCAGGAUCAUUGUUCGUAGCCGAUUUAUCGAAGACAAGCAGGUUGUCAAACGAAACGUACGGAAGUGUUCCUCGAGUGUACAUUGUGUGCAAUGAAGACGAAGGGAUACCAGCUAAAUUCCAACGGUGGAUGAUCGAGAAUUUUGAAGUGAAUGAUGUGAUGGAGAUAAAGGAUGCAGAUCAUAUGGCUAUGUUCUCAAAGCCACAUGAACUGUUUAAUUGUUUGUCAGAAAUAGCACAUAAAUUUGGCUGAUGUUAUUAAUCGAGUGGCCGUUUGAUUUGUUAAGCUUUGGUUUUUUCAUGGAGAUACUGUUGUUUAUGGGGUAGUUGGAUGUUGUUGGAUUCUUCGGAUGGAAAUUCUCUGCCGCUUAUUAGUC